AUGGAGACAGACAGCUACACCCCAACCCCAGCCCCGAGCGACUGGGCUGGGACGGUGUUAAGUGUGGGGGCCCUGGAGGAGGUCUCGGGGGGAAGUGUCUCCUCCAGCACAGCCUGGUACAUGCCGUACCCCCUGGGCUUCCAGGUGUCACUGACCGCCUUCCUCAUGCUAGAGCUGGUGCUAGGCUUCAGCAGCAACUUGACCGUGCUGGUGCUCUACUGCUCUCAGUCCAACCUGGUCGACUCGGUCAGCAACAUGGUCACGGUCAACCUGCAUGUGCUGGACGUGAUGUUGUGCGUGCUGUGUCUGCCUCUGACCCUGGUGGUGGUGCUGCUACCCCCAGGGCCCAACCUGGCCCUGCUCUGCUGCUUCCACGAAGCCUGUGUCACCUUCGCCUCCAUCGCCACCGCCAUCAAUGUGCUGGUCAUCAGCGUGGACCGCUACGACAUCUCUGUCCGACCCGCCAACCGGUUGCUCACCCCGCAGAGGGCGGGGCUGCUGCUGGCUGCCGUCUGGGCCACGUCUCUGGCCGUCUUCUUCAUCCCCUUUCUGGAGGUGGAGUUUCUCACCGGAGGGGCGGAGAGUGGACAGCACAGCUCCACCACCUCCCCCGACAUCACCCUGGCACUAGUGUGGCGUAACCGGACGCUGCUUUGUGUGGGUGGACAGGGCUACCACACAGGCCUGGCCAUGUACUACCACCUGCUGCUGCAGGUGCCCAUCUUCUUUAUCACAGUGGCAGUCAUGCUGUUCACAUACUCACGGAUCCUGCGGGCCUUGAACAUUCGCAUCGGCUCCCAUAUUAAAAAGAGCCAGUGUUUCAGGGCAACCUCCUGCAGGGGGCGCCGUAAGAGACAGAAGCAGAAGGCAGGGCUGGGAGUGAUAGAGGGAGGAGAGCAGUCCCCUCUGGUUAGCUCAGAAGGCGCUGCUGCUGCUACCCCUGCACCUGCUGCCCCUGUCACCGGUCCCACUGUUCAGGCAUCUGUGUCGGCCAUCAUUGCCUUGCGGCGGGCCGUGAGGCGUCACCGGGACCGGCGGGAGCGCCAGCAGCGCGUCUUCAGGAUGUCCCUCCUCAUCGUCUCCACUUUCCUAGGUUGCUGGGCUCCUCUGUCCGUUGCCAAUGUGCUGAUCCUGGGCCUGGGCCCCAGUGACACCCUGGUCAGCCUGCGCCUCUGGUUCCUGGCCCUGGCCUAUGGCACCACCAUCUCCCACCCACUGCUCUAUGCCUUCACCAGGCAGAAGCUACGGCUUGCCCUCAGAGCCAAGGUGAAGAAGAGGGUGGUGUCACUACUGCAGGUGGACCCCUCGCCAGGAGAGACCGUCACACACAACUCCUGGGUGGAGCCAAGGAAAGGACGCCAGUUACAGCUGGAGGACAGCAAAACCAUUGACCGUUGCCUGGUAGAGCCCCUGAAGAAUAGCACACACUAG